AUGACAGCAGACUGUAAUAUUGACACACCUCUGAGUCACCCUUCUAUUUUGAAGUCCUUCAAUGGAGAACUAAUCAAAUGGAACUAUAUUUAUACCUGUGCCAACACCGAGGCGAUCAGUGGGAUGAUAAAAGGAAGGAUUUUCCCUCCAUCACAGAAGAUGUCUUGCUCCAAAGCUCUGUGUUGCCUACCCCAGGAUUAUUAUGCCGAUAUAUGCCCAUGCCCAUGUAUUGACGUCUGCAACGAGCCGUGUGUCACAUCAUGUGGAGAUUCAACUGCAGUGGUCUUUGUACCACCAGUUAUUGUGAGAUUCCAGAGACCAACUUUCGCUACUUGCCCUCAAGACAGCAUCGUGGGAACAACCUUACCAAAUUUGCCCGCAAGACCUAGCAGCUUCUCUGGUUCUAGUGGUGGUUUCAGUGGCUCAUUUGGUUAUGGGGGGAGGUUAUGGUGGUGGUUUAAGGGGUGGACUCAGGGGUGGUUAGGAGGCUCAUAUUGUUAUGGGGGCCCAUGCGGUUAUGGCAGAAGGUCACAACGUAGCAUUUCCAUUUCUGGGGGAGGAUAUUCUGGACAUUGUGGGCCACGUUAA